GGAAUUCCUACAGGAGAGGGUUUAGGAGAGUGAUGGAGGAAUUGGAGCCGGCUCCGGGAAGGUUUGAGUGCUGAUUUUAACGCGUUUAACAGAUUCGUUGCUCGUUCGCUUUCUAAAAUGUAGAUUUCCACGCUGUCUGUGUGAAAAUGGGCCUGAAAUUCAAGUGUUUAUGAUAAGCGAAGGCGGAAAUAAAAAGCGGCUUUUACCCGUCAUGCACCUCUUCCUCAUGCAGGACUCCCGUCAACAUGGCGAAGUGUCAACGGAUCACACUGUAAUUCAUCAUUAACCCACCAAAAAGGCAAUGGGCGCAGACAGCGAUGCAGGUGCUACUCCAGCUGUGCCAUGGCGUAAAGUCCUGUACAAGCGCCAGCCGUUUCCUGACAACUACGUGGACCGCCGCUUCCUAGAGGAACUUCGACGCAACAUCAGAGUGCACCAGUACAGCUACUGGGCAGUGGUACGAGAAGCCGGGCUCGUCUCUCAACAGCUCUCGUGCGUGGCAUUGUUCCUCACGCUUUGGUCCUAUAUGGAGCAGGGAAAUGUGGGUCCUGCGACGCUGCUCUGGACUGGCCUGGGAUGCUCCGUGCUGGGCUACACGCUGUACGAGGCUCUGGGCGGAGGGAGCGGGCGAGAGCGGACGCGCUGCGCCGACCUGCAGAGCGCUGCCGUGUUCAUGGCCUUUACUUUCGGAUUCUCGCCAGUGCUCAAGACGUUGACGGAGUCGGUGAGCACGGACACGGUGUACGCCAUGUCCGCCGGCAUGCUCAUGGCGCACCUGGUGUCUUUUCCCUACACGCAGCCGAGCCUGCCAGGCAGCCUUUCUCUCAACGCCGCACUCUUUGCAUCUGUUUGCUUGGCAUCACGUCUGCCCGGGACUUUGCACACCUUCGCCAUGCUGAGCUGCGCCCUGGUCAUCUUUGCACUCUGGCCAUGUCUGCUGCAGCGACUGAGACAGGCGGCCGAGUGGACGUUCCCCUGGGCAGCCGGGAUGGUGUGUGUAUGUGGAGUCGCAGGUGUUGGUACUCUGUGGCCUGCUGCAGCUCUUCUCCUGUUUCUAGCUCUCGUGGUACUAACGUUAGUGUGUCCGCUGCUGCUGGUGCGUCUACAGAGACACAAAGACAACAUCCACGGGCCGUGGGACGAGGCUGAGAUCAGAGAGGACUUGUCCCGCUUUUUGAGUUGAUAUGAAAUGGGGUGUGUCACAGGAGGGGCCUCAUUUAGGCCUACACAUGAAACAUCUGCCAUAAAAAUUGUACACUGCCUGUUUUGGGUGUUGAUGCAAAAAAAAAAAAGGCUGCUUGUGUUGUAUGUUUGUCACUUUUACAUUCAAUCUCAGGGAAGGUGCAGCUUUAGGAAUGAACUAAACAAACAACUAAUUUAUUUUUCUUUAAAUUUUAAAAUAGCAUGAGGCACAACUCAUAACUGGACCAGUAUUUCUUUGAACGUGUUCUUAAAAUACUUGGAAAUAGGAUUGAUAACAUAUUAAUAAAUGUUGUAUUUAUUGUACAUGUAAUAAUAACAUGUUAUAACAAAGUGCAUCAUGUUCAGUUAAAAGAUAACGUAGCUUGGGGAAAAAAUGUGUGGAGGAAAAGACAAAGAUUUAGGGAGCAGAUGAAGGAGGAAUGAAGUUGCUUGAAACUUCAGGUAUCACUGUGAAGAGCUGUCUGCGCUGAGGUGAUGGAGGGAUGAAAGAACAGAUAGCAGGAGUGAAGAGAAAUGAUAACCUUUGGGUCUGGCGGUUAUGUGGACUGUGGUGGCUGAUCGAUCACACCCGAGAAACAACACCUAGAUUCUAUAUUUUUAUUUUUAUUGUAUUUAUUGAGUGGUAUCAUACAGAGGACAGCCCUUGUCAUGUACACCAGCCAUAUGACUAUAUUUUUCUGAUGGAAUCAUCAUUGAUCUCCACAAGUUACUCACCUGAAUUGUGGAGAAGUGUGCUGUUUUUAUACUCUUCUAAUUCUGUUUAUAUUCAGGGAUCGACUCUCUAACCUAAAGCUACCUAAACAAACAGGAUGUUCAUAUUUAAUAUGACAUGACCUAGAAGAUUUCCAAACCUUGUAGCCUAGUGAGGUCAUUUUUUUAAUCAGUGUGCUAAUGUUAUAGGAGCUAGAUAGCUAGUUAAUGAAAACUAGUUUAAGAAAAAAUUGUAUCAUAAAUAAAAUAAAAACCUCCCUGCUGAUGGUCUGAAUAGACCUGACUUUGCUACAGAGCUGUCAAUGCUGAUGGCAGUAAAGACACCUAUUGAAGUUCACUGUAAGAGGUGUGUGUUAUGAAGUCUCGACUGUCAUUUCAGCCCAGGCCCUGUCAAUCAUUUCAUUAACCACACCCUUUUAAUUAGACAGCAAGGCCCGAUUGAACAUGUAAAAACAACAGCACACUGUUUCUAAGAAUCACUUCCAGAGAUGUGCUUGUGUCAUUUUCCCGAACAUGGGAAUGCUUCAGAGACGUUUUGUAACCCGUUACAAUCCAGUGAUGUAUCCAACUAUUAAACAAGGACAACAUUCAAACAUAACAUUUUUAUGGUGUUUAGUCAGAUACCAUGUGUCUUGGCUAUUCUAGAGACUAUUAGAGAUGACUAUAACUGUCUGGAGAUGAAGAGCUGUCUAGCACCAUGCUUCAAAAUCACUCGUACACAACAUAUUCAGCUCAAAGGUGUUGAGACCUAAAAGGCCAAAGAAUGUGAUUUUGUGAUGUGGUUAAGGCUCUGGGUUGUUGAUCAGAGGAUCAGGGUCCAAGCCCCAGCACCACCAAGCUCCACUGCUGGGCAAUUGAGCAAGGCCCUUAACCCUCUCUGCUCCAGGGGUGCUGGAUUAUGCGAAGGAAGGAUUUCCAUUAUGCUGUAAUGUAUGUGUGGCGAUAAUAAAGGCUUCUUGACCUUU